AGUUGGGCUCAGAAUACAAGUAUUAUAAAUAUUUGCUGACGAAAAGUGGACAUAUUGGAUAUAAGCGAGCUAAAAAAACUACCCAAGCGAUGUCGAAAGCUGCCAACAAGUUAGGCGAAGCAUUCUGGCAUACAACAAUCUUUCAUAGUAGUCAGGGUAUUUUUUUGAGACUGACUAUGACGACGUUAUCGCCUCCGACUGUUGGAUUUGGCAACAUUUUGUCGGGCUACAGACGGCCGGUAACGUACAAUCGAGCACUCAGAUAG